AUGCUCCUUCUUAGGGGAAUACAGCAGCAGCAACAGCAGCAGCUGCUGCUGUUGCAGCUGCGAGGCUUCACACUGCUGCAGCAGCAGCAACUGCAGCAGCAACUGCAGCAGCAACUGCAGCAGCAGCAGCAGCAGCAUCUGCUGCUGUUCCGUCGUAACCUCCAUGGCUUACACGGCCGUUGGUCUUCUCGCCUCUCUCGUAUGAGGCAGCAGCAGCAGCAGCAGCAGCUAAUAUACAAAGAAAAGGAGAAAUCUAUACACACUGCAGCAGCAGCAGCAACAGCAGCAGCAGCAGCAGCAGCAGCAGCAGCAGUAGCAGCAGCAGCAGCAGCUCGCCCCACAGCCACCGAAAUAAUAUUUAUUCAGCUGCAGCAGCAGCAGCAGCAGCAGCAGCAGCAGUCGGAUGAGGAGCGUCGUAGCGUGCUGCAGCAGCUGCUGCUGCGGCUCGAUGAAAGCUUCAAGCAGCAGCAGUCUGAGUGGCUGCCGCUGCAUGCGCAGCGGGGAGGAGGGAGAGCAGCAAAGGGGCUGCUGCAGCAGCUGUGGGCCCCCCCCAGCAGCAGCAGCAAACACCAGCAGCAGCAGCAGCAACAGCAGCAGCAGCAGCAGCAGCGGGAGCGGUGGAGGCAGCAGAGUUGGUCUCUUGCUGCUGCGAAGACAGCUUUGAAUGCAUCUGCUGCUGCUGCUCCUUCUGCAGCAGCAACAGCAGCAGCAGCAGCAGCAGCAGCAGCAGCAGGAGUUGCUGCUGUUCGUCGAUCAGAGGACCUAAGCUGCAUUGAAUCUCUCUAUUUGCUGCUGCGGUUCGUCCGCAGCAGCAAGGACUGGCGGUUUGUGCUGCUGCUGCUGCAGCUGCUGCAUAACUUUGGAAGGCUCAGCAGCAGCAGCAGCAGCAGCAGCAGCAACUGCAGCAACACAGCAGAGCUAGCUACCAGAGUUGCUGCUGCUGCUGCUAUAUGCAAUCGAUAUGAUGAAGCUUCAGCUUUACCGCAGCAGCAGAAGCAGCAGCAACAACAGCAGCAGCAGCAGCAGGAGCAGCAGCAGCAGCAGCAGCAGCAACAACAGCAGCAGCAGCAGCAGCAGCAGCAGCAGGAGCAGGAGCAGCAGCAGCAGCAGCAGCAGCAGCAGCAGCAGCAGCAGUUUGUGUUUUGUCUGUAUGAUGAUGCGCUCGCCCUGGGCGUCGCUUUGCCUCAAUCAGCACAUCUGCUGCUGCUAGAGCUGCUGCUGACGCGUGCUGCUGCUGCUGCUGCUGCUGCUGCUCCUGCUGCUGAGACAGCGGCAUCUGAAGCAGCAGCAGCUGCUGCACCAGCAGAUGCAGCAGCAGCAGCAACAGAAGAAGAAGAAGGAGCAGCAGCAGCAGCAGCAGCAGCAGCAGCAGAGAAUGAUUUUACUGCAGCAGAUUACCUGCGGAUGGCGAAGAGAGUUUGGCAGCCGUUUGCUGCCUCCGCGGGGUUUGCUGCUGCAGGCCUGGAUGACACUGCUAGAGCCAAAGUUAGAAUUGCUGCUGCUGCUGCUGCUGCUGCUGUUGCUGCUGUUGCUGCUGCUGCUGUUGUUGUCACUGGUGUUGGCGGUGGUUGGAAAUCUCGUAGUCAAAACAUUCCACCCAUGAAGCAGCAAAUUGCUGCUGCUGCUGCAGCAGCAGCAGCAGCAGCAGCAGCAGCAGCAGCAACAGCAGCAGCAGCAACAACAGCAACAGCAGCAAUAACAGCAGCAAAAAUAGCAAUUGUAGAAGCAACUGCAACAGCAGGGGUAGCAGCUGCAGCAGCAGCAGUUGCUGCUACAGUUUCUGCUGCAGUUGCUGCUGCAGCUGCAGCAGGAGCUGCUGCUGCAGCUGCUGCUGCAGCUGGACAUGCUACUGAAGCUGCUGCUGAUGUAGCUGGUGUUGCAGCAGAUCAGCUGGACAUGCUACUGAAGCUGCUGCUGAUGUAG